AUGAAGAUAGAGAAGUGGUCAGAUGAUCAAGUCUGCAUCUGGUUGGUACAGAAAAACCUAGGGGAUCUAGUUCCUAAAUUUUGUGAGGAAGAAGUGAGUGGAGCUGCUUUCUUGGCUCUUAAUGACAGAAUGGUUCAGCAGCUGGUGAAAAAGAUUGGGCACCAGGCACUGCUAAUGGAUCUUAUUAUGAAAUGCAAAAAAACAACAACCAUGAAGUAUGUUUUCGCAAGAUACAAAUCAGUGCAAUUGACAAAUUCAUAUAUUUUGCCUGAAUUUCCUGAUGAUGUCAAAUGCAUAUUAGCUGAAAGAAAAUGCCCUGAUCACAGUAUGAGAAUAAGGAUAAUUGAAUUCUUGCAGGCUGACAUGACAAAGCACCUUAAAGGAUCACUGUAA